ACAGCUUAAAACAUAUCUCACAGUUUUAGCUUGAUUUUAAUCGCAUAGCUUUGGGGAAAGCACGAUAAUUUACUUGAAAGUCAAAACGUCAACUGUUUCUUUAACAAUGCCAAACAGUUCAGUAUUGGGGUUAUUAGGUGACCCGACAUUGGAAGAGGAAUUCAGGCGGUUAAAAAAGCGGGAUUUGACAGAGUCGUACUUGUUUAAAAUGGCAUGUGGUUCGUCUCGACCACUGAAAUGCAGGAAUACUGUCAUAAGUAAGCAGAUGGUGGAUAAAAGGAACGCCAUAACUUGUCGUCCACUGCCUAGAAACUUUAGCGUUCUACCUGACACACCUGCAUCAGAGAACAGAUGCGCGUCGUUGCAUAUGUUCACACAUUACCCUGGGAAGAAGCCCGAGGAACACCCGGAGUGGGUCAGCGAGCGAAAAGCAUUUCGACAAGCGCUUGACGGGAUGGGUGAUCUGCGUAGAUGGCUUCAUAGCAAGCCGAUUCUCACAGACAUGGAGGUUUUUAUCACGCAACGAGAGGGACAAGCUAAAAUGAUGUCAUUGUCCUUUCCAGAAAAAUGCAAUUAUCCUUCACCACCAGACGCUGCCGCUUCUCCUUGUGCCCUCAAACAUGAAGUUGAAGAAGUGAAGAGGUAUCUGCGCACCUUCAAGCUCCUUGCCUGCAAUCUCUCCAAAUACUUGGACUGGCAUGGGACUGGCAAAAUAAAGCGUGCAGACCUCCAUGUGAUGUUUGAGAAGGAGGGCUUCUUACUACAACCUGAGCGGCUGGAUGCACUGAUGUCCUCCUUAAAUAGUAUGGAUGGGAACUCAGUAACUGUGGUAGACCUGGCUGCUGGUAUACAGGCUUGGAGUACAAAGCUGAAGGACAGGGAAGAACAAAGAACAAAUUCAGGCAUGUGUUGGUAUGGAGUAAAAGGAGUGGCCAAAAUUGGUUAGUGUAUAGACUGUGUUUUGAAUAUGACAUCCUUCUCUUGUGUAACAUCACAUAACAAAUUACUGGAUUUAAUUGAAUGCAGACAAUCAAAGAGUGGUUGGGUCAAGAAGUAAUCUUCAAACAUAUGGAAUCAUAAAUGAUCAGCGAGAGGACCAGGACGAGGAGGGGUUGCAGGAUAUGGAGGUGUUAGUGAUUAUGCGAAGAGUUCUGGGCAGUAAGAUCCAGGACACCUUUUCUUGCCCUUCUACUCUGAGUGGCCCUAUGGGGAGAGAAGUAGACCAUUACAGGAGACUUUGUUUUAGAGAAUAUCUGAAAUCACUGGAGCAAUGCCAACAAAAUAUUCAUAAUGUGAGCCAAGCUACUCUACAGAAAGUCCUGUUGCACCCCAGUGACAAGAGCAUAUCUAGCUGCUCCAAAAUGGGAGGCAAAGAUCUCUUCCCAGGCCGAGGUAGACACGGAACGGGGCCUGGCAUCCCUCUGUACACCCAAAAUGUAUAGAGUGGAAAAUGAGAAAGGUGCACCACGGAAAUGUCACAAAAAGGAGUACCGGAAGAAGCAAUCAAGUUGUUGGGCAGACCCUAAUGCUUUCUGGCCUGGGAGGGAAGAUCAUGUACGUUUGUUCUUACCUGUGAUGAAGCAGUCUCCUGCAAUGGUUUUGUUUCAGUGCAUUGAACGUACUGCUGCACCAAGUCCUGGAAACUGGCCUAUAAAUCAUUUAGGAUACUCAACUUCUGGAGAUAUAGGAGCACACAAGGUGUACACACUGUAGAUCUUUUUGAUGAUUUUUUACCUAAACAUCCCAUAAAGACCUUUCUCAUAUUGCCAAACAUGCUGAUCUGCUGGCUUUAGAAAAUAAAAACAUUCUUUAUUGUGUUAAACAAUCAAGCUUAA